AGACCACAGAACCUUGUCAGGAUCUUAAGUGUCCAUUUCAGGCACUGGACUACAGUGCAUCAGCUGUCCCUAGCCAUCAGGAACCCAUUCAGCUAGUUUGGAGUUAGAUGUAGUUAGUUGACUCCAAUUAAACUGCAAGACAUUAUAAAUGGUAACAACUGGAAACUUUUUUGACGAAUACUACAUCAUCACCGUUUUUCUUGGAUUUUUAAAAUUGUUUCGUUUUAUUUUAUUUGUGGAAGCUUUGUGAUCUUCAUUUUAAAGACGCUUUAUCAGAAGACAUGGAUCUGUCUGUGGUUUUAGUGCUCUGUUCCACUGUGGCAUUGACCGUGGGAUCUGCGUUUGGCAGGGAAAUGAUGGCAUCUACAAAUAAUGAGGGAAAAGAGUAUGACAGUGCAUUUGAAUAUGACUAUGAGUCCCUGCGAAUUGGAGGACUGAUCUUUGCCCUAGUUCUCUUUCUUUUGGGAGUCAUUCUGAUCCUCAGCAAAAAAUGCCAGUGUGCAUCCAAGAAACAAAGGAAUGGGAAUGACGCAUGAGCAGGAAGCAUAAAAAGCUUUCCUGCAGAGCCAGAGUUUUUCAUUAGAGUGCAGCCUCUGAGGGUUGAAGCGGAUUUCCCUUACUAAGCAACAUUAAUUUAAAAUGCAAGAUACUUCUGUAAUUUCCUCCCUUAUGCUGUCCGAGUUAUCAAAAGUAUAAAAGUUUUGAGAAAGGAGAAAGAUUUGAUUUUUGGCGGGGGGUGGGGGGCGCAAAAUUUUAAGAAAUUCAUAAUGGGAGCUGCAAUAAAAUACUUUGGAUGCUCCUUUUGUAUAAACUACUUUGUUGUUUUCUUGUUGUUUUUAUUUUAAUUUUCUUACUUUGUUGUUUAUUGUUUUUUUGUUAUUUAUGGGUAUUGGUUAUAUGGAUGUAUCAGUUGCUCAUUUAUAUCAUAUGAGUUCUCCAGUAGUCGGGCAACAUUUGAGCCAGAAAUCAAUUCAUCAAUUUGGUUUCCUAAUCUCUAUGUAUUCAGUUGUGUAUUGCUUUAUAAUGGAAUUUCCCGCUUUGUGAAAUUAUUUAUCCUGGGUUAAUAUAACCAGGAAAAAUGAGGCUUCAAAUCUUCAAAAAACAGUAGGUGUGAUGACAUUGAAGUACAAAUCACUGCCUGACUUAAUGGGAACAGGGCAGCAAUGAGUAGUAACCAAUUGGGAUUAGAAGGUAUUGGGAAAUUCACAAUAUUCCCGUGAAUAUGUCAGAUCACUAUAACCACACCAGUCAUUUCCUGAAAGCCUCAUUUUUCUAUUUGACUUGAAGUGUCAGCAGUGUAUGCAUUCAUACUUAUUUUUAUUCAAGCCAAAUGACUUGGCUGUUCACAUUACUCAAGUCGAGUAUGUUGUCAUCUUACCUUAAUUAAGUUGCUCAUCAAUCCACAUUCGCCAUAUUGUUUUCGACUAAAAUAUGAAUUUACCAUACUGUUAACCAAAAUAAAAUUAAUUAUUAUUUUCAAAAAUAUUAGGGAUAUAAAUUACUGUUUUAAUCUAAUAGUCAUAUUGUUAAUAUAUACAACAUAUUUUGCAUUCAUAAUAAGGUUGAUAACUACUGGGUAAACAUAUGCACUUUUACAUAUUCAGAAUGCGUUGUAUUGUCAUGUAUGCUGCCUAAGAAAUACAAUUUCUUAUCAGAUUUUUGCUUACAACUUCCUAUCCCUCCUGUCAGCUUAAAAAAGAGCUGUGAUACGCAGGGAUCAUUUAAAAUUAACAUUUAUUAUUUCAGUUCUGUUAAAAUUGCUGAUAACGUUGUGUUUUUUCUUAAUACGGAAAUGUAAAAAAAAAAGAUGAUAGACAAAAAACGUUUUUCAUCCAUGCUUUUUCCGAACGCGUAUCCACUGGAGGUUCGCUGGACAAUACGAAUGCCUAUAGGUACAUUACAUUUUAAAAAAUGACAUUCGUUUAUAUUCACCAUUUAAUUUUCAAUAUUUGUUUCUGUUACAUUUUCUCAGUACUUCAAACAGAGUGUGAAUAACAUAUUGCAGCAUGGCAAUGUAACUGGCUAGGCAAGACAGAAUAACGAAGUAUCCAGUAAUUAACGCAAUCCUAAAAUUAAAAACGCACAACAUUAAAUUGAUACUGUCCAUGCAUCAUUACACCACAGACUGAGAAUAUUUGAUAAAACCGAUUAGUCAUCUUUCUUCCAUGAAUGCAGCGCCUCCGAGCAGCUUUGCUACCAUGGAUACAACCCGCUUCUUGUACCGCAUUGGCGAAAAUGGAGGAUAAAACCUUGCUGGAAACCUGUUGUCUCCGGGUUCCUCUUUAAGCAUGUAUGCACCGAGACACAAACGGAGGAAAUACCCUCCGCAUUGGCCGACAUGCGCAUCGCUUGGUGCAUCUCAGGGGAAGACCUUUUCCCACUGCUAGUGUCAGCAUUCCUCAGGUAAUGGAACUGCAGACUGCAGAUCUUUAGAGCCUCCCACCCCCUUCCCCGCCCCCCUUACCCCAUCUAGUACGCUGCAAUCUUGUACUGCAGUUUAUCCGUAUUCUGUAAGUCAGCUCUACUUGAAUUCCUUUUAUUCGCACCCCUGCAGCGCGAAUACGAGUAGAGAUUGGAGCUGUUAAGCAACGGCAACUCCAUACACUGCAGUCAUGUCAACUGAAAGAGGUUUGUCGCCUCCUUUGUUUAGGGUGCUUUUUUUCUUUUUAUGGGGGAUAUUCUUAAACUUUAGCAUUUUCUGUGCAUUAUGUUGCUGUUGAUUAUAAUUGCUUUUGUGUAAACAGUAAAGCUCUGUAAAGGUGCAUUAAGGAUAAUGAACUUGCAUAUCCCAUUAACAUUGACACAUUAAGUUUUAAAGUCUGGCAUUAUGCUAUCAAACUCACUUUAUAAUUGGACUUCAGGUGACAGAAUAUAACUAAUUGAAUGUAAUGAUUAUAAUGCUAUCGCUAGAUUCGUUCAACUAUAUAUAUAUAUAUAUAUAUAUAUAUAUAUAUAUAUAUAUAUAUAUAUAUAUAUGGAAGAUUUUUUAUCUGGCUGCUUUAUUCUAUUGCACUAAUUGACUUAAGAAUGGGUACAAUAAUUGUCUUUCUAAUUUUAAUGGAUAAGAAGUACAUAAGAACUUGUCCAGGGUGUGUUUGAAUGGGGGGGGGGGGGGGGGGGGGAGAGCGCACAGUGCUAAGUAAGCCAUAAUGAAACCUAGGAGUUCAGUAACAUAAAGCCGCAUUACCAGCGAAGUGAAGGAUUCUCAAACUCUAUAAGUAAAAUUUCACUAAUUGCACACUUCUACACAAUGUCAGAGUUUCUUAUACAUCUUUUAGAGAUUAUGUGGUUCUAAAAAAACUGUUAGCAAUAAUAUAUAAUUUUUUGUUUUAACAAUAACGAUACUUAUUAUUAUCAUUAUUAUUUGAUAAUGAAACGGCUUUUGAAUAUGUGGUAGAUAGUUACAGAGCCAGCCAAUCCUAGGCGGCCAGGCAGUUUCACUGUCUUGCACAAAGGGGGCACCACAUUGUUAAGUUACAAUCCUCAACCUCAAUGCUUUUCCUAUGCAAACAGCCGUUUAUACACAUCAGUACAUAUACAUCCAGCAAGACAGUUUUGGGUCCUCUUUGUAGGCUUUAUUCCUGCUGAGUGCAGGUCAUGCAUUAUUCAGUUCUUCCUUGCCAGCCAAUCAAUCACUAUAAUUGAAUUGCUUAGAGAAUCCAUCAGCCAAAUCUGUAAAAAUAUUGCUUUGAGAAGUCUUUUCUGAAGUGGCAUUUAGAUGUAAUCACUUUAGGGCUGUUACACGAUGGUUUGUUUAUGUAUAUGUUGAAACUAUAAUCAAAAUAAGCAUAAAUAAGCAGAAAAUGUAUUUGGAACUAUACAUUUGCUGAAAAUCAUUAUCCAAGAUGCAAUUACUUUUUGCCACCAGCUGCAGGGCUGCGGUUUCAAACCCCCCUGUACUUUGCUUUCUUAAGGCUGCAAUAGAAUCCUGUCCAAGUAGUACCCUGCCUUCCUCAUUUUCUAGGAUUACCUCACAUCAAUAAAACUGCAGAAUCUAUUCGAUAAUGGAUUGCAUCUGGCUGGAUCAAUGAAACACCCAACCAUUGGCAGAGUUUGUGGGGGGGGGGGGGGGUUGUGACAACAUUUAAUGCAUAAAUAUGACAUUUAAAUGUUUUUUAUUAUAAUUUAAAUUCUCAUUUAAAUGAUUGUUUAUACAUCUAAUUCAAAUGUUUAUUUAAAAUAAAUUUGAAUUGUAAUUUAAAAGAUUGUUUAAAUCACUAUUUAAAUUAUGCUCUACCAGCAACCAUUAAAAUAUCUGAUCUGAUUGGUUACAUUGCAAAGUAAGGCUGGUUCAUAUUUCUCCGCACAUGCGCAACACUCACAUAUCUACUUUGCGUGUGGGUACAUGGAAACGUUCGUAGUUCUGCUCAAGCCGUGUACUUUGCUCAUGUGUAAGACGUGUUGCAUUUAUAUUUUUAUUAAAAAUAAAUCUUCGCCUGGGUCACAUGUGUGUGGAGUUUGCAUGUUCUCCCCAUGUCGUAGUGGGGUUUCCUCCGGGUCCUCCGGGUUUCCCCCCACAGUCCAGAAACAUGCUGAGGCUAAUUGGAGUUGCUAAAUUGCCCGUAGGUGUGCAUGUGUGAGUGAAUGGUGUGUGAGUGUGCCCUGCGAUGGGCUGGCCCCCCAUCCUGGGUUGUUCUCUGCUUCGUGUCCAUUGCUUCCGGGAUAGGCUCCAGACCCCCGCGACCCAGUAGAAUAAGCGGUUUGAAAAAUGGAUGGAUGGAUAAUUCUGAUAUUCCCCGCACAUGUAACACACCAGUGAUGUUUCUCUAGGUUUUACAUAUUCAGAGAGCCAGCUCAGAGGGUUGCCAACUUUGGUCAGCUUUGGUCAUGAGAGGCAACAUAGAGAAAUGGAUAUUGCACUGCUGUGUUACGUGUGCAGGGAUUAUCAAAAUAAUAAUUUGUAUUAUUAUCAUUAACAAUAUUAUAAAACCUACACAUUGUGCGCAUGACCAGAGAAGUAUGAACGUUUUCGUGUACGCAUACGCAGAGUGGAUGCGUGAGUGUUGCGCUAGUGCAGAGAAGUAUGAACCAGUCAGAUCAUAUCGAUCUCACCUAGUCGUCUGAAUUCUCCCGCAUUUUGUCUGUUUCGUCCUGGGGCUGCAUUACAGAACCUUCGAACUUGUAGAUCCUGUGUUAACAGUUUGGUAAAAAUGCUAACUAGGAUUAGAACCUGAUUUAUGAAAAAGCUAUUACAGUUGAACAGUUCCCUAGUCACUUUUCCUAUUUGAACUUACUGUAAGACAGGAAAUGAGUAUUACACAAGCUUCAUGAACAACGAUUUGACGUUCGCUGCUGACCAUGAGUUGACGUAAAACCGAUGUGCAGAUGCACGUACGGCCAACGUCUGCCAAAAUGACGUUGGGCCAACGUUAAAUGUUAGCUGGAAUGUUGCAGUUAAGGUACUGUUAGAGGUACCUUAAGUUUUUUCCCUUAGUUUGGUUGCUAAUGCAACCAUUAAGGUAUUCCUUAAGUAUAAGACCAAGAUAAGGAGAAAAACUUAAAUAUUUAAGAGAAAAUUUUGAGGAAACUUUAAGGAGAAAACUUAAGGGUGUUUUGUGCAACCGAUUUUAUUUUAAGAAGACCUUAACUUUGACUUUAGGUGUUUUGUGCAACCGGCUCCAGGUCCUUUUCAGUGAAAUGGUUGUUUACAAAUCACAGUGUCCUCCCUGACCUGUUGUAUGUUAUUGUGCCAUUUUAUCCACUUAAGACAAUAGCAGGCUAAGGUUGCUGGUUUCAUCUUUCUCAGUUGGUUGAACAUGACAGACUUAGGCUACUGUGUGAGGAUGGGCUGAGACUGUAACAUCAUUGUAAUUAGAAUUUGAAUAAUAAAUCUUAAAUUACAUUUCAAAUGCCUUUUUAAAAGGAGUUUCCCCAUAUAUACUGUAUAUGUAUAAGUGUGUGUGUGUGUUUGUGUGUGUGUAUGUAUGUAUGUUAUAGCAUGCUAAACAGGAAAUAUUUAAUGAUCUUUGAUCUAUAUGUAGGGGCAGCAUGGUGGUGCAGUGGUUAGCACUGUUGCCUCACACCUCUGGGACCCGGGUUUGAGUCUCCGUCUAGGUCACAUGUGUGUGGAGUUUGCAUGUUCUCCCCAUGUCGUCAUGUGGUUUCUUCCGGGUACUCUGGUUUCCCCCCAUGUGUGCCCUGUGAUGGGCUGGCCCCCCAUCCUGGGUUGUUCCCUGCCUCAUGCCCAUUGCUUUUGGGAUAAGCUGUUAAGCACUGGAAAUUCAAAAACAAGUUUCCUUUAUAACAUGGAAAGAGUCUAUAACACUGCAUGUCUGAAACCCUAGCAACUGGUUGUUUGGUGAUGGCAUAGUUACAUUCUAGGCUGUUCUUUAACUUUAAAUACAAUAGUUAAUGUCCCUUGCAGAAAGAAUGCCUCGAACUUUCUCUGUAUUUGAUGAAUAAAAAUAACAUUUUCUUUCCAUUAAAGGUACUCAGAUAGUAAA